AUGUUGAACGCCGAAGAAGUAAACAAAAUUAAAGAAGAUUUAAAAGUAGUACUUGAUAAAGAAGAAGAAGAUGAUGCUUUAGAAAUUAUGAAUAGACUUGAUAAAGAAUUAGUUUAUAAUAAAGAACUCCUAAAGUACGAAGAAGAAAAGGGAAAAAAUCAACCAAAAAUUAACAAUGACAAUAAAAGCGCUGUCAGUUCACAUACAAACAAUAAAUCUAUCAAUAAUAAAAAAUUAUUGAAGAGAAGCCAUUCAGAGCAUGAAUCGACAGGCUCUCCAACUGAUACUACGCCAUCUCCUACUAAUAGUUCCUCUAACACAGCUGAAAUCAAAAUCUUAAAAAAAGCUAGAACUGCUGUAACCAAUUUAUCAUCAAAAAAUAAAGACAAUGUAGUAACUACUAAUAAAAUCAUAACUAAAACCACAACUACCGUUGUUACAAAACAAACAAAAAGAAAUAUAUCACAAUCGGAAUCAUCCGGCUCACCUGUUGAUUCUCCAACUAGUACUACUGAUGAUACCAAUUUCAUAAAGAAAGCAAGAAAUAAUACAAUAAGAUCCACACCAACUAAAACUAGUUCUACUGAUACAUCGCCGCCACUUUCCACCACCGCAAACGAAGAACGAAAAUUUGAAAUUGAAAUUGAUAGUUAUGAAGGCUCUGGCGAUAAAACUAGAAAUACAUGUGUAGGAUUAUUGUAUAAUGCCAUGGCAUUCGAUUCUACGGCAUCUUCAGAAGUUCUCCUAAGCAGAUCCGAACGAAUUGAAUCCAUUGUACUAAAGCAAAAUAAUGGAAAUCCAGCUAAAGAAUAUCGUGAUAAACUCAGAGGAUUGAUACUUAAUUUAAAAGCUAAAAAUAACCCAAAGCUCAGGCACGGGGUAGUUGAUGGUACUAUCACAGUGGAGCGUUUUUGCACAAUGUCAAAGGAAGAAAUGGCAUCUGAAGAAAUGCGAGCCCGUGAUAGAGCCAUUCAAAACAACAAUCAUUUAAAAGCUCGUGGUGCUGCACCACCUAAAUCUGAAACAAACAUGUUCAGAUGUGGUAAAUGCGGAAAAAGAGAAACAACUUACUAUCAGAUGCAGUUUUGUUAG